AUGGACCUCGACCCGCCAGUCCCAAAGUGCAUGACCGGCGACCCUAAGUCUUUCGCCUACCCAUCAGUGCGCACACGAUGGCCAGCAAUCAUCACCUCAGCCAUCGACGAUCUUCACCGCACGAUCUCUUCUCUCCACGACAGUACCGCCGGCAACAAUGAUACUUUGCCCGCCAAGAUCGCCGAAGGCAAAGAAAUCCUCUCGUCCCUUGCAAGUCUGAAGUACGAACUCCAGCACAACCGCAUCCUGACUCCACUCCCUGACGAGCCCGCCACAGCACCUAGCUACGCAGAUGUCAAGCUCUACAACGACGAACUGCAACUACGCGCGUCGCAACAGCCGAACAAGGAACUCCGUUGGCACGAUGUUGAGUGGCUCUUCAGCGAAUGCUACCUUUACCGGCGGAUGUACAGCUAUUUUGCCAUCUCGACGCACUGGAAGGACUACGACGUCUUCCGACGGAGUAAGGUGAGCACGUUCCGGAGCUCGCGGCCUGCUGUGCUGGAGUUGGCGAGCCGGUACAGGGAGAUUGUGGGCAAGAUACGCGGAAGCAGUAAGAAUGCUCCGGUCGAGGACCAGGAGGCGCAGACGGACGACACAGCAAUCAAGGAGGCGGAGAAGGUGCUCUUCAUUGAGAUGGCAGAGAUCUGUCUAUGGGGCAAUGCCACGGAUCUGAGUCUGCUGACGAGUCUGAGCUACGAGGAUAUCCAGAAGCUACAAGGGAGUAAGGCACGGCAAGGACGGGAAGAGAAGGUCCUGGUGAACGACUUGGAGAAGGCGUUCGACGUGCUGUGGACUGCAAAGAAGUCAGGAGAAAUGCAGCGAAGGGUCGACUUCGUGCUUGACAAUGCCGGGUUCGAGCUGUUUGUGGAUCUGGUGCUGGCGGGUUACUUGCUGGAAACAGGACUGGCAACGGAAGUGGUGAUGCAUCCGAAGAGUUUACCGUGGUUUGUGAGUGAUGUUGUGCCGAAAGAUUUCCAAGAACUGUUGAGCGUCAUGGCGGAUCCAAAGGCAUUCUACGAGACGCCGACGGAAGAGGACGAGGGUAAAGACAUUGUGCCUUUGGCAGCUCAGGAGGAAGAGGAUGUGAAGUUCUUGUUCGAGCAUUGGGCGAGCUUGCAUGCGGACGGGCAGUUGAUUCUGAGGCCGAAUCGUUUCUGGACGCAUCCAGGCAGCUUUUGGCGUUUGCCGACAGUUGUGCCGGAGUUGAAGGAAGACCUGAGCGAGGCACAGCUGGUGGUGUUCAAGGGAGACCUUAACUACCGGAAGUUGAUUGGUGAUGCAAACUGGGAUCCAACAACGCCAUUCCAAGAAGCCCUUGGCCCUCUCGCGUCGAACCUACGGAUUCUAGCCCUUCGGACCUGCAAAGGCGACGUCGUCGUUGGCUUGCCGCCCGGUAAAGACGAGGAGCUACGGGCUAUGCCCGGUGGAGGAGGCGACUCCGGCGCACGGGAAUGGGCCUUCAACGGAAAAUGGGCUGUUGUGCAGUUCAGUGAUGGGAAGGCGAAAUAG